CAGAAUAUGAUGUGACAACAAAGGUUUAUAAGGGAGGUAAACAGUACAACUACUGUAUUUAAAGGCUGUUCCGGUUGCUAGUGACAUAUGAAGUCCACAUCUAAACCGGACGAGUUGCCUUAGCACCUGAUAAUCUAAAACAAGAACAGUCUGAUUAAACUGAGAGCGUCUUAUUGCCGAGAUAAUGAGGACACUACUUCGGUGGUAUUCCCGCCACUUGAAAAAGCACCAGGUUGCAGUGAACAUGGUCACAACUGGAGCUGUAUUCUUCUUCGGAGACAUGCUCUCUCAACAGGUAAUAGAAAAGAAGGGAAAGGAUCAUGAACUGGAACGAACUGUUAGAUCUGUUACAGUUGGCUCGUUCUACAUCGCCCCCGUCAUCACAUUUCUCUACAACUUUGUUGACAAGGUAUUUGGUUCGUCACAAACGCCGCUAAAUUCUCUGAAGAAAACAGGUAUUAUAAGUCUACUGAGUCCUAUCACCAGUGCUGGAUACGUCAUCUGCAAUAAUGUCCUCCAAAACAAACCCCUUGACUACACCAUCAAUCAGUUGAAAGACGAUUUACCAACGAUAGUCCUAGUCCAGUACAAGAUCUGGAUACCUACUCACUUUAUCCUCCUGACUGUGGUCCCUCUAAGACACAGAAUGUUUCUCAGUAACUUUGUUGGAGUCCUCUGGACCUGUUAUCUUACUCACGCUUCUAAUACUAUUAGUCACGUGACAAAGGAGGUGGAGGAGGAGGAGAAGGAGGAGUCUUCUGAGUGAAUAACCUGGGUAACCUUGGUAACCUUGGUAACCUUGGUAACCUUGGUAACUUUGUUGGAGUCCUCUGGACCUGCUAUCUUACUCACGCUUCUAACACUAGUAGUCACGUGACACAGGAGGAGGAGGAGGAGGAGAAGGAGGAGUCUUCUGAGUGAAUAACCUUGGUAACCUUGGUAACCUUGGUAACCUUGGUAACCUUGGUAACCUUGGUAACCUUGGUAACCUUGGUAACUUUGUUGGAGUCCUCUGGACCUGCUAUCUUACUCACGCUUCUAACACUAGUAGUCACGUGACACAGGAGGUGGAGAAGGAGGAGUCUUCUGAGUGAAUAAGCGUGGGUGUUGUAACUUACACUUGGAUUAUUUUAUGUUAAAUUAUGAUUUUAUAUCCAGAUUGAAUACUCAUUUCUAUCAAAUUUUAGUUCCGAAUAGUUGUGAUUGAUAAAUGUAUGCUUGAGUGAUUUCAAUUUGUAUUUUAGUUAAUGUAAAAACGUAUAAAAUAGCAGUUGAUUAUGAAACAACUGUGGACAACAUACCAAAGAUGACUUAUGUAUCUUAAAAACAGAUACUUUUAGUAGUUCAUUCUUGUUCACACGUUUAUCGCACGGUUUUUAUUCGGUAGUUUUUAUCAGUUUUCACAGUUCAAGGACUGCGAGUAGCACAACCGGUUAUCUGGGGGGGGGGGGGGGGGGGGUGGGUUUAAUUUGAAAUUCUUGUUAUGGUUUGUUUAAAAUAUAUCUAGCGCUUCAAUAUUGUUGUUAUUCAUAGGUGUAGGAUGAAGUAAUUAACAAUAUUAAUUCUUACUCGAGGA